AGGACCCCCAACCUUUUUGUCCCUUUGGAGCAGGUUUUUGGAAGGAAUCAAGAAGGGAGAAGAGAGGACAUAAGCAGAGCCAAGGAAUCCAAGUUGGGAAUGAAAGAAAUUACAAUAAAACACUGAUUCACAUAAUUCCUUGGAGCCAGGAUUCUCAAGGAUACCUAGAGGAAGUGUGAAGCACAGGCAAUAAAAUAUGAAGAAACUUUUGAACUGGUGUUUACUGUGAACCAUGAAGAAAAGCUCAAUGUUUCAGGGACUGGAGUUCCCUGCAACAGGAGCAAAAAAAGAAAAACCAGGAUAUAGAGAAGAAGUUUAGGGUGAAUGAAAAGUAUUAUUCUUCUGUUAAUGACUGACACUCUUUAUUGUGAAACUCCUUCAGCAGGUGAUCAACAGACCUAUUUGGAAUGAAGAAGAUAGGACAUUUAAGAGACAAAAGCAGUCAGUUAUCUAAGUUAAAUUAAUUACUGCCCUAACAUGGCAACACAAAAGUCAAGUGGCAUGGCUCCAGAAAAAUGAGCAUGGUGCAUUUGCAAGUCUGAUAUCCAUAUAUUGGGGCAAGUGAGGAUGAAAUUUAGUCAGCAUUGUCAUUGCCAAAAAAAAAUCAUUGGACAGGAAAGGUAAUGAUUCUUUUCAAAUUGUGUCACUGACCUCCUUUUGUCAUGACAGGGUUGUACAGAAAAUAAUUUUGGUUCUUAACUCUUUCUAAGAAGCAUCACCAUUGCCCUGCAUUGUCAAGUCUUUGGGAUAUUCUCUAGUGUACAGAUCACAGAUCCAUAAUGAUCCAGCCCCAGUAUGAGUGUUUGAGCUGUCACAUGGUGCCAUUUGAUGUGGCACUUCCAAUGUAAACCUACAAACAUGACCAACUCCAGGCUAUCAAAGAAGCUCUGGUGUGUGCUCCUCCUUGGUCUUCCAUGUCUGGGAUUCUUCCUCUAUGGUCGAAACAUGUCCCCUGCUGCUCGCUUGCAUUCCCACAUGAUCAGAUUCCCCACUAUCCUCAAAUUCAGACCACAGUUAACUCCAGUCAGUGAAAAGAGGAACAAAAGUGCUACCUCUUAUGAGUGGACCCAGUGGAAUGUGUCUCUGCAAAAGGUUGAAAUGCUUCACCAGGUACUCAACCCACCCAAGAAGAUACAACGCAGGAAAUACCCUGGAAUGCUUGAGAAUCUCCACAAGAAAAGCCUAGCUUCGAUGAACAAUUCCUUGAGUCAAAGACUGAAUGCUUUCAAGAGCAACAGUGCAUCACUGAAUACCACAAUGAAUGUGAAUUCAUCAUCGGGCUCCAAUGACACGGUGGAAGAGGAGUUUCCUAUUGUGAUCGAACCAUUGCCUGGCAUUUGGAGGAAUCUAUCAGGCCCUCCUUGUCCACCCAUUCCUCCAAAUCUGAAGGGAGAGCUUCAUGUUCAGCUGAAGGCUCCCUCAUGGGACACAUUGAACAAGAUGCACCCUGAGCUGGAAGUUGGAGGACGGUAUCAUCCAAGGGAAUGUGUCACAUCAAAUCAUGUGGCCAUCAUCAUCCCAUAUCGAGAUAGGGAUGAGCACCUGCAAAUCCUACUUCAGCAUCUCCAUCCCAUGCUACAGUGCCAACAAUUGGACUAUGGGAUCUAUGUUGUUGAACAGAUGGACACUCGUCUAUUCAACCGUGCCAUGCUAUUCAAUGUUGGCUUCCAUGAGGCUUCCCUUUUAUACCCAUAUGACUGCUUUAUCUUCCAUGAUGUGGACCUCAUUCCUGAAGAUGAUCGGAACCUCUACACAUGCACUACUGAACCUCGGCACAUGUCUGUCUCCAUCAAAUCAUUCAACUAUAGGCUUCCAUAUCAUGACCUGUUUGGAGGGGUGUCGGCUCUCUCCCGGGAGCAGUUCCAAGCUAUCAAUGGCUUCAGCAACAGUUACUGGGGCUGGGGUGGGGAGGAUGAUGACAUCUCCUAUCGUCUCCGUACCCGUGGUUAUUACCUUGCUCGCUAUCCAUCCAACAUUGCCCGCUACAUCAUGCUCAGUCAUCCAAAGAGCAAAGGCAACCCUAAGAGGUCAGUGGUAAAGAGAGUUGGUCUGCUUCAGGUGCAUGAGAAAUGGCACUACCCAUUUGAUAAGGCUUACAGUACAGGGAACCAACUGCUCAAGACAAGCCGGAAGCGGAUGUCAACAGAUGGAUUGAACAGUCUUAAGUAUCAGCGCGAAGAUCUGGUGUUCAGGCGACUUUAUACGCUCAUUCAAGUCAGACUUUCCUGAUUGUCCCCUUUCUUGAUCUAGUCUCUCUGCUGUGAUAUUCCUCACUCAUUCAGACACUCCUCACCUAGCAACACAAAUCUCCAAUCAUAUCACCAAUAGUUCUUUUUGUAAGCAUAAUAGAUUCAACAUUUAUCAAUGAUAUCAUUUCAUGAUGGGUGUUAAGCAGUGUUGAAUCUAGCUUCUAGUCCAGGUGGCAUUCAGAUGCAUUUGUUCAUUUGAAGUUACCAUGACUUCCUUUUCAUAUGGUGCUUCCAUUUCUGCAAUGUUGUGUAUGUGACUCUCAGAAAACAAAUUGUUUCAUUUAUGUGCAAUAAAAAUAUCUUGCAAUUUGAAAGAAGAAAUAAGCUUCCCAGAUAGGAACAUUUGCUUAUUGCAUUUAUAUAUUUUUGGUUGUGUCCAGUGUUCAAAUCCAUGAGAAGCAGAAGUUCCUGUAUACAUGGUCAUCACUGCUUUUCAUUGCUGAAAUCACUGAGUAAUCUCCCAGAUUAUACUUGUCAGGCAUGAGUGUCCUAAUUGUGAUUCCUGAGAUCUGUGUACCCUCUGUGCCAAUUAAAGGAGUUCUCCUGUUGA